AUGCAACCCCUGCCAGGUGCUGGGGAAGGAACCCGGUCAGAAUCUGGUUCUCCGACCGGGUUUCCGAGAGACGGUGCUGCUGACGAUAAAACCGACAGUUACGACGACCCGUCGACAGCUGGAAAGGGGUCACAUACUCCGCGAGGAUAUUUUUUAGCCCUUGACGAUGGAUUCGACGGACAGGCCCAGGCCGGGGAUCCCAGCGUUCCUUCUUGGCACAGUCUGGCAGCCCAGGCUGAAGCCGAGCUCAGUGUGUACGAGAUGAAAUUGGCGCAGGCCUUCGAACUGGACAUUUCGCCGUGGGACGAAGAACCCAGGUACCAUUGGAACUUUGUUCAGUCCGUCUUCUUCGCUUCCACCGUCAUCACCAGCAUAGGCUACGGGAACAUAGCUCCAAAAACGACGGAAGGCAGAGUGUUCUGCAUCAUUUUCGCCCUGAUCGGGAUCCCGCUCACUCUGACUGCCCUCACGGACUUGGGUCGGAUGUUGGCCACCAGCGCGGCCAGCCUCUACAAGAGAAUCCGCGCCCGCUUCGCCUGGGUUCGCAGGGUCACCAUCGGUCACGGCACAGAAGCAGGUACGAGCAUCGCCACGAAGUCCUUGUACGUCCUCGCCGGGUUGAGCAUGCUCACCCUUUACAUAGCAUUCGGAGGCAUGCUGUUCAUGCUGUUGGAACGCUGGUCCUUCUUCGAGUCCUUUUACUUUUGCUUCAUCACGAUGACGACGAUCGGGCUCGGGGACUUGGUGCCCGGAAACACGACCUACACCCUGUUUUGCACCUUGUACAUUUUCCUCGGUCUCGCACUCACGUCCACCACGAUAGAAUUGGUGCGGCGACAAUACGCCGAGAGCUGGGAGAGGAUGAAGAUGCUCAGUGGUCGACUGGCUGAGCUCUCAGGUCCAUUGAGCGACACCCUAAAGCGACUCGGCGAGCAAGCGCAUCGCCGCGGAGGCGACAUGACGAACGUGGACAUGAGUCUGCUCAAAGAGCUCCGGGAGCUGCGGAAGGCGGUCGCCAUUACAAAAAUGGAAAUGGAAACAGGAUGCGCCUUGUCAGACCAGUCCUUUUCCGACAACUUCGAUUUUGAUCCUCCUCCACCACCACCGCCCAGGCCGAAAGUCGUGUGGAUCAUUUACGAGACCAAUGUAUGACCUCGAAGGAUAUCGCGGGAGUUAUUUUCACAUACAACGACGUUGCAACAUCUUACGUGCGGGGUUUUGAUGUUUCACGAUCCAGGCUUCCGUUGUUCGCAUUAUCAUCACGAGGUCUCGUCCGAAAGUUCAGUGAUAUCUAGGUGGAGUACCCCGGCAUUGUGUUCGUCUUUUUCUGCUGCCUUCCCUCGUGUCAGGAUGGAGCUUUAAAUGAAAGUGAGUUUUGACAACGAUUAUGUGAGGAACUCAUUGUCCGGACAGUUCCUCAACACACCAUCACAAUUCACUCUUCGUUUGGAGCUCCAUCCUCAUGAAUGGGAAAAAGAGAAAAAUUGCACACAAAAAUUGAAUGCUCUUCAGAGAUACCAUAGGAACGGGGAAGACAGAAGCCUUAUCGAAACGUCUCAAGGCCGGUACGACAUUUUGGAACAGCCCAUCUAAGUUUCAUCAUGCAGUACAUCUACCAACGAAAAAAAAAAAAAAAAAAAAAAAAACAGUGCCCCCCAUUCGGGAAAGUGAAAUUAGGGCUUUCGAAAGUGCAUCUUCGUUCUACUUCUUUGAUCUUAAUCCUAUGAGCACAAAGAGAAGAUACCUUUCCACAAUUACCUCUCGCUUUUUUCAUGUAAGGACAUAUCACGAUACAAAAUGAAGACGUUGUUAAUCGUCCGUCGCGUCGCCAUCCGUUGUUGCGCGUGAUUUUUGUUCACGCAUAUUGCGUGUUUCUUCCCGGAACGUGCGACAAAUCGGAAAUGCGAAACUUACACAGGAAACGUUCAGCAUGAUCUUUCAUAGAUCAAAUCAGCAUACCAUUGUCGUACCGUGAAUUUAAUGGGAAAAACGACGUUUGCGAUCAGUACGGUAUUUCGAAAAAAACAAUGACGCAUAUUCUCAUGUCAUUAAGUUGAGAUUUUCCGCUUUUGACUUGUAUUGUAAAACGUGAGACGACGGGAGAAAUAAACCAUAACUUUUUUCAACUUCGA